AUGAAAAGAACAAAGCGUUUUGAAGCUAUAUCCGACGAACAAUUAAAACAAAGACAGCAUAAUCUUGAAAACAAAAAUACAACAGACAAUGAAAAGAAAGCAGAACGUUUAUUCAAGCAAUAUCUUGCAGAAAUUGGCGAAGAUUUAAAUUUUUGCGAGUUCAUGCAGCGAGGAAAAACUUGAUAAACAUCGAGGAAAAACUUGAUAAACAUCUUGCCAAGUUUUGGUUCGCUGCCAGAACAAAGAAUGGGCAAAAAUAUAAAAUUGGAUCUCUUGAAACUACCAGAUACAGUUUGAACAGAGUUCUGAAACGUUAUGGCCACAAAUUCGAUAUAACAAAGAGGGAAUGCACGGCAUUUACUGCAAGCAUCAAAGCCUAUGAAGAUGCAACGACUGAACUGAAACAAGAAGGAAAGGGAUUCACAAAGAAUCACGCUGCUGUCAGCCCUGAAGGUAAAAUAUAGCAAUAAAUUAUAAUUACUACAUUUAUGUAAACGUUGUGCAUUCCUUUUUAUAUGCAACAACAGAAAUUCCCUCAAUCCUAAUUUCAAACUUUGAUAUUUCUUCAGACUUGUACGACAUAUAUCAUAGUCGACAUCUUGACCCUGAUGCAGGACCAAGAGCUCUUCAAAACAAGGUUCAGUGGGACAUACGAUUCUAUUUUGCACGCAGAGGAUCAGAGAACAUGUACAAUAUGACGAAGACAACAUUUACCAUCAAAAUGGACGAAAAGACAGGUAUGCAGUAUGUUGUGAAAGUUGAAGAUGAAGCUACAAAAAACCACAAGCAAAACGAACAUGACAUUGUAACUGGCUAUAUGCCUGCUAUAAACGAUGACAAGUACUGCCCAGUAAAAAGCUUUAUUAAAUACACUCAAGCCCUUCACCCAGACUCUGAAAAGUUGUGGCAGACCCCUAAAUACAAUGUAUUUCCCACUAAUGGCCAAGAGAUAUGGUAUGGCCCAGGAAAUGUUGGCCACAACAAACUGGACAAGUUCAUGUCUAACCUUGCAAAAAACUGUACAUUGAAAGACAAAGGCUACACUAACCACAGCCUUCGAGCAUCUGGAGUAACAACCUUGAAACGCAACGACUAUAAUGAUAAGCAAAUCAUGUCCGUCACCGGCCACAGAAGCAGUGCAAGUUUGAACAUAUAUCAGAAAGUUGCAUCAGAUGAAAAACUUAGAAUGGGUUUAACACUUGGCUAUGCACUUCACAUAGAUCCUAGCUGUCUGACGAAAGAAAACGCUGGAGAUCCUAGCUGUCUGACGAAAGAAAACGAGGUAGCCUGUGUUUACCAGCAGCAUCCUCAUGACAACCACCCCAAACAAUCAUCCAAUGCAACCCACCUUUCUUUCCGUACCACUGGCACUGGAAACCAAAUUGUGCCUCUUCACAAGCGACAAGCUCCCCGUUUCACAGAAACUGCAACAAUUACCAAACGACCAUGUCUGCACAAUCUCCAGAGAGCAAACUCUUCAAGUUCUGUAACAGCUAAGCAGUCUUCAACAUAUGAUGACUCGAUGUUCGAAGAAAACAAUGCAGUUAGCGAUGCAGAGUUGCUGAAAGCAGUAAAUGAGUAUGAAGAAGCUACAAUAUCAGAGAAUGUUCAAUUCAUGCAGUCAUCUCAGACUGACUCAAACAAAAUACAGUGCAUUUCCAGGCAAAUAUUGAAGAAGAUGAGCCCACCUACAUUCAGUAAUUGCAAAAUUGAAGGUGGAAUUAUUAUUAACAUUCAUAAAGAUUGA